CCUGGACAGAGUUUAUUUUUAAGCUAUAAAUAGAUAGCUGAGCUAGCAAGAAAAUAAGGGAUUCCUGGGGCAAAAACAACCAGAAUGCAUAAAUCCAGGAGGUUAACAGGACAGCUACCUGUCAGUUACACCAAGGACAUUUAUUAAUCCCUCCUAGCCUAAUUUCUGAGCUCUGAGUUUUCACAGGGUGGGAACUUUGAUCAAGACCCAGAAAGAAAGCCCAGAACCCAAAAGGUGCCCCCGUCAGCGAAAGGGAGAACUUGACAAAAACCCUGCCUGGGAGAAGGAGGGUCCCUCUGAGACUGCACGUGCCUAGGUUUGCAGGGAGGGGUGAGGAGUUGGCACAGGGCAGGGUCUUCUUGGAGAAUCAUGUCCACAAGCUGUUGGUCCAAAAAGGCUGGAACAAUUCACACGACCUGUGUGACUGGGAGAAACACAAGCCAGGAAUUUUAGGCAACCCUAGUUGACAGUGGCCUCAGGUACCCGACAGAAGCCAGCACAGAUUCUCUGGAAGAACACAUUGAACCCCAGGCCUCAAGCCUCCCAAUAAAGCUCUAAGACUCACGAGGCCACAAUCCACGAACAGUUGGAGAAACGGCACUGUGAUUAGAAUCAGUAGAAACUAGAAACCAGUCAGACUUGGGAAGACUGAUUAUCAGAUGCACAAGAGAGGAGUAUGUUUGAAGAACCACAACAAGGAAUCAAAAUGGGACUGAGGAUCAAGAGACUUCAGAAGUGACCAAGCAGAUUGGAACAACCCAAACAGCUGGUCACUGUUCCUUCCUUGUUGUCAGCUCCCGUCAGUUACUUGGUCCAGGAAGUGAACUUUCAACAACGAUAACAAUUUAAAAUAUGGAUUGUCUCCGCCAGAAGUCGGUCCGCUAUUUUCGUGGCAGCUCCUUCCGGGUGCUCAGACUUGUGGGGACUGCAUACUGGGCAAGCAGCCCACAAGCCAGUGAGUAUCAUCACCGGAAGGGAGCAGAGAGGCGGCUCGUUGGAGGUGGAAGGAAAGGGGGCUGCUGGGAGAGUCUGCUUGGCAAUUUCCCGUGCUGUCAGCUCCACAGAAUUCCAUUUCUGAGAACCUGCUCGGAGCAUGCAGUGACAUUGCGUAACCUGCCUCCGGAGCGGGCAGUAUUAGCCGUGGCGCUCAGAGCGACUGUUUCACCCAACAUGAGAGGAGCGAGCGGCAUGGAUGGGGCGCCCAAGGCACUCUUGGCCAGGGCACUUUAUAACAACGACCCGGACUGCUCUGAUGAGCUGGCUUUCUGCAAAGGAGACAUCCUGACCAUUCUGGAACAACACGUGCCGGAAAGCAAGGGCUGGUGGAGGUGUUUGCUCCACGGGAGGCAGGGCCUGGCCCCUGCCAACCGCCUCCAAAUCCUCUCGGGGGCCCCCGCAGACAGUCCCUGUCCCCCUUUCCUGAGACCCCUGGAGGAAGCUCUCGCCAGCUCCAAGGAGGCCUACCAGGUGCCCACCCUGCUGAGCCCCCCACCUCCAGGCCCUGUGUACGAGCCGAUGAAGAGCUGGGUGACGGGGCCCCCGCCACACACAGUCCAAGUCUACGAACUCCCUGACCCACCUGCCAGCGCCAGAAUCGUCUGUGAAAAGAUGCCAAGCUUUUCGAAACAGGCCAUCGUCCCGAUUCCCAGACCGGCCCAGGCCUCGUUGCUCACUCUAUAUGAUGUGCCCGCCCAGAGCCGCGGCCCCUCUGCCUUGAAGGAGCCGGGGAAGCAGCAGUUAUAUGACAUCCCCGCCAGCCCCCGGAAGGCAGAACGCGGUCCCCCGGCCGGCCAACCCAGCCGACAGAGUGCUCCCGUGACAGCAACAGUUGCCCUAGGCAGAGCCUGCUACAAAACAUUGCCAAACCCCCAGAAAUCAGAGUGGAUUUAUGACACUCCAGUGUCUCCAGCAAAAGCGGAUGUGAGAAAUGUCUGUGUUACCGGCUUUGUGGAAGAAUCGGGGUCCCACGCCCUCCCCAGAUCCAUGUCCAGUUUCCACAGUCCUCCGAACAGCAGAGCACGGUCCCUCGCCCCACACCUGCGUGGAAAUGUGCCCGUGCAGAACCCCAGCCUUCCAGAAGUCCCCGCCUGCCCCCGUCCAGCGCCCGGGGACGCCUGUCCUUCCGACAGGGGUGUCAGCUACAAGAUCCCUUUGAGCUUUCUGAUUCCCCGAGUGGAGCAGCAGAACACCAAGCCCAACAUCUAUGACAUCCCUAUCCCUGUGCCCAGCGCCCCUCGGGCUGGAAAAGAGCCAGGGGACGCCGACAGGGCUUCAGGGGAGACCUCGGACCCUCACUGCGCAUGCCUCUCCAGACAGGCCACAUGGCCCGCCCCUGAGCCGGACAGACUGUCCGUGAACAGCUCUGACAGCAGGGCCAGCAUCACGUCUUCCUGCUCCUCCAUGUCCACCGACUCCUCGUGCAGCUCCUCCUCGGAGGAGUCGGCGAAGGAGCUCUCCUUGGACCUGGCCUUGGCCAAGGGCACGGCGACGGCUCUCCAGCAGAAGGUGGCCAGCUCGGUGGCCGGCCUGAUGCUCUUUGUCAGCAGGAACUGGAGGCUCAGAGACUCUCUGGAGGCCAACAUCGACGCCAUCCGCAGGGCCGCCGACCUCAUCGAAGAGUCCCUGAGAGAAUUUCUGGAUUUCGCCCGCGGAGUCUGCGGGGCCACCGGGAACCUCCCCAGCAGUAGCCUUCAGGCCAGAAUUAGGGAUCAGCUGCAGACGAUCUCCAACUCCUACCACAUCCUGCUGGAAACCAAGGAGAGCCUGGAGGGCUGCCACUGGUCCCUGGACGUCCUUGUGACAGACAAAGCCCAGAGCAGCCUGGAUGACCUGGAGAGGUUUGUCAUGGUGGCAAGGAUGGUUCCGGAAGACAUCAAGAGGUUCACCUCCAUUGUCAUUGCCAACGGGAGGCUCCUCUUCAAGCAGAAUGGUGAGAAGGAAGAGACCCCACCGUGGGCCCCCAAGACAGAAUUCAAGCUGGCGAAAGGCAUCCAGCUUCCCCGGAGGGAAACGGAGUCCUACCAGCGGAGUGCGCCUCGUCCUCAGCAGAGGGAGAGCGGGCCCUGCCCCGAGCUGCUCGGGAAAAGCUGGGCCAGUGUCUAUGAGAAGAAGUUGCCUAACCUGGAAGAGAAAGUAAAACCCAUCCUGGAACAAAGAUUGGAUGAAAACAAAGACUUAGAAACACAGGACCUCAGCUCCCCUGUGCAGCAGGACCCGGGGAAGAAGGCCCACCUCUCGGAACACUGCCGGCUCUAUUUCGGGGCGCUCUUCAAGGCCAUGGGCGUCCUCCACAGCAGCCUCCGCCACAGCCAGCCCCCGGAGAUCCUCGUGGCGCAGAGCAAGCUGGUCAUCACGAUCGGGCAGAAGCUGGUGGACACGCUGUGCAGGGAGACGCAGGACAGGGACGCGCGCAACGAGAUCCUCCGCGGCAGCAGCCACCUGUGCAGCCUGCUCAAGGACCUGGCGCUGGCCACCAAGCGCGCCGUGCUGCAGCGCCCCAGCCCCGCCGCGCUGGCGCACCUCCGGGCCGAGGCCGACAAGCUGGAGCAACACGCGAGGCAAUUCAGGGGGUCGUUGGACUGAGCCUCCCUCCCUCCCUUCUGUGCGCUCUUGUCUUAAGGGGAGAGCCAGCCAGAGGUGGGGAGGGGUACACCGAUGGGCAGAAGAGCCACGUGCCCGAAGCCUAGGCAACCCCAGGACAUUGCCUUGUCCCACAGACAGUCAGGGGAGAGAGACGGGUGUUGAGUAAGGACCUUGCUAAGUGUUCAUGACGUAAGGUCGGUGUAUGAAGUGACAUUGUAGAAACUGAUUUUUGUACCGGUUAAAUGUGUGCCUGUUUUAAAUUCAUUCAGUAUUUAUUUAUUGGACACCUACUAGAUGUGCAAUUGCAGGUGCUGCUCAUGUAGCAGUAAAUGAAUCAGAGACCUCGCCCUCAGGGAGCUUACAGUCUAUGGGGAGACAGAGAGGGGAGACAGAGAACUCAGUGACA